AUGACCAAUUUGGAUAAACCAAGUGACUCUCAACCAGCUGCUGCUCCACAAGGUCAGCCACCAGUUGCUGAUCAAAACCAACAAGCUCCACCACCACAAGGUUAUGCUCCACCACCACAAGGAUACGCCCCACCACCACAAGGCUAUGCCCCACCACCACAAGGAUACGCUCCACCACCACAAGGUUAUCCACCACAAGGAUACCCUCCACAAGGAUACCCACCACAAGGAUAUGCUCCACCAUCACAAGGUUAUCCACCACAAGGUUACUAUGCUCCACCACAAGGUGCUCCACAACAACAAUACAUGCAACCAGCUGUUGUCGUUCAACAAGCUCCAGUUCUCAUCCAAGCUCCAAUUGUCCAAUUCCGUGAAGUCCCAGUUGAUAUUACCUGUGGUCACUGUCAAGCUCGUGUCACUACCAAGACUCACUAUGAAUCUGGUGGUAUGUGUUGGCUCGUAUGUUUCAUCUUGAUCUUGUUUGGUUGUUGGUUGGGUUGUUGUUUGAUUCCAUUCGGUAUCGACUCGCUCAAGGAUGUUCGUCACGAAUGCCCAUCAUGCAAGGCUACCAUCUACAAGUCAGUCGGUCGGUCGGUUUGCGAGGUUAUGUCCCGAGUACAUGAUAUGAUCUAUCUCCAAAGCGUAAAGGAUAAUAUUUCUUUAACAAAAGGGUUCUUUGAAGUAUUGGCCGUCAUUAGAGAAAUGAAAUCAACAAAUAAUUCAUCUUCUUUGUUGAAAUUCUAUUAUUCUUUAUUAGUGAUAUUCAUUAUUUAUUGUCAAUCAUGUUAUGUAGUUGUCGAUGCACUUCCAACCAUUAACAGUGUAGAGAGUAAUGGUAACUCAAUUUCAAUUUAUGGUAUUGAUUUUGGAAUUGCAAUCAAUGAGGUGACAAUCACCUUUUCAACUCAAUCAUUACUCGAGUUACCUCCAACCACACUUGUAUCAAAUGGCGCGAAUAGCUUGGUCACUUUUACACCAACCGUUCCAAUUUUGAAUGGUCAAGUAAUGGUAGCUGUCGCUGGAUGGGAAUCCAAUUAUUAUUCCUUUACUUUAAAACCUGUCAUUUCUAUUAGUAGUCCUCGCCCCAGUGCACUUGGUGGUUCUGCUAAUUUCCAAGGUUAUUUCAUAAAUAAAUUAAGAGCAAAUGGACAACCUACCAAUUUUGUCUUAACAAUUGGUAGUAAUGUCAUUAAUAACGCUGCUUUGACCUAUAGUACUACUGGAACCUAUUUAAAUACGACUGGGUUGCCCAGGGGAACUGGAACAAUCGCUUCGACACUAUCUAUUGAUGGUGUAGUGACGUCUUUUGACAUGACCUAUGCGGCACCGACCUUUACACUUUUUGUCACCUCUCAAAAUUUGCUUGCUGUGCAGGGUUCAAACUUUGGAAACGUAUUUUCACUCAUCUCGGUUCAUUCUGUCAACUAUCCAUCCAUCUCAUUCAAUGCUACAUCCAUUUCCACAGACAACAUUCGUUUCCUUGCGACCGUACCCGAUAAUGCAUGGACAGAUAACUACUAUAUCAAGGUGGAUGGACAAAUUUCCAACUCUCGUCUUGUUAGUUUUACGCCAUGGCUACUCACAUGCACCCAGAUUCCAACCGCCGGUGGUGCUGUUACCAUCACUGGUCACAUAAUGAGUCAUCCCACUAUACCACAACUCGUCAAGAUCAGAGAUAAUAUAGUGUGUCCUGUAACCUUUGGAAAUGGUAGUAUGGUAGUGUUUACAGCUCCCGCAGGUGGUGGAUCCAAUGUAGCAGUCAUUCUAUUUUCAAGUACACCAAUUUACACAUCCUACUAUUCACCAAUCAUUGAUUCGGUUGUACAACAACCAAAUGGUCAACUACUCAUUGUUGGUCAAUAUUUUGGUACCCCAUUAACUGUGAUGGUUGGUGAUAUAGCCUAUUUAUCACUGGUCUCAAAGAAUGCGGACCAGACUAAUAUGACUAUUGUCCCAUCACCAGCAUCUAGGAAUGGAGCGGUCAAGGUUAUUAUUGCCGAUCUCAUAUCCAACCUUUACACCUUUACUUUGCAACCCAUUAUUACAUCUGUCACGUCGGUUGAUACCAUUGGUGGACAAGUAACUAUUAUCGGUAGUUUCCUCCACAAUCUUCGUCAAGAUGGGUCAACUGCACCAGUCUCUAUUGCGUUUGGUAGCGCUGCACCAACCCCUGUAUCAAGCUGGUCAAAUGAUACGGGUAGCUACAUUGUCGUCAAUGUCGCCGAGGGAGUUGGCAAGAACAUCCCAGUCUCUGUGACUGUCGAUGGAAAACAAUCGAAUCAAGGUAGUUUCAGCUACAACCCUCCAACCAUUACAUCGGUCACUCAAUCAAGUACUGGUAUCAAUAUCCAUGGUAGCAACUUUGGCGUUUCAACAAGCACCACCAUGCCAAUUGUCAACAACAAAGACUAUACCCCAAACACCUCGAUUGUUACACAAACUGAAAUCACAGUUUCCCUGGGAGCAAACGAAAAGAAUGGGUAUGUCAGUGUGGUGGUCGGUGGACAGUUGGCUACCUCCAAUAUAACACUCGAACUUGAACCUGUCAUCUCCUCUACCGGUCCUGUUUCAUUGUAUGGUGGUACUUUUACCAUCUCUGGUAGAUAUCUUAAUAAUCAAGACUACCUUGGUAAUACUAUACCUCUAUCUGUUGAAUUGGGAUUAAAUACCCAAUGCACCAGUCCAGUUACAACAGGUACCCAAGUAACCUGUCAAUAUACAAAAGGUCUGGGUGGUGCAGAUGCCAAUAUCGUUCUAACCAUUGGUAACAAACAAACCAGCACAUUUGUUUCAUUCCCAGCUCCAACUCUAUCAUCCAUAUCACCUACUCAAGAUGUAACGGAUGACAGUAUAACUAUGUUUGGUACAAACUUUGGAACACGGUCUGAUCAAAUAUUCGUCUUUAUCGGUCAAGAUGCAGGUUCUGUGACUGGGUUAGCAUCUGAUUCACUUGUCUUUAAAAUCAAUCCAAAUUCUAAAUCGGGACCUGCCAAAGUAAGAGUAUUUGGUCAAGAUUCCAACACGAUGGAAGUGGUCAUUUCACCCAUCAUUACAUCGGUCGACAAGGUUGCUACUGGAGGUGGAACUAUAUCUAUACUUGGACAACACUUUAAUCAAUUCAGAUCAAAUAAUACACAAUCUUCAAUCUCCAUACGACUCAACUCUAACCCACCUUCUUCCAGUGGGUUUGUCGUCAAAAGUAGCAGUGUUAUAGAGUAUGGUAUACCAGCUGGUACCGGUAAAGGUCAAUCACUCACCUUGACAAUCGAUGGUCAAUCGUCGAGCAUCGUAUUCAAUUAUCCAGUCCCCGUAUUAUACAAUGUUAAUCAAGUACAACAAUCACAAGCACAUUAUACAACGGGGUUGACUAUUUUCGGGUCAUCAUUUGGUACCGUCAAAGAAAAUGUUCAAUUCUUGUUCAAGAAUCAGCUAACUGCCCAAUUCCAACCGGUUACAAUGCUCCUUGACAGUGCCAUUCAAGUCGCACUACCAACAUUUGCAAAGAAUGACAAGAUCCUAGUCAAUGUGUCCAAUCAACUAUCAAACGAAAUUGAUUUAGAAUUAUACCCAAUAUUGAAAUCAAUUACAUCGGCCGACUCGGUGGGAGGUGAAAUUAAAAUUGGUGGAUUAUAUUUAAAUAAUCAAACUGCCAAUGGAACAGUAUUACCCAUUACAGUAGUGUUCCCAGGUAACGUACCAUGUACAAAUAUUCAAAAGAUUGCAGAUGAUCAAGACAUGUCUUAUAUUACAUGUAUGGCUCCACCUGGAACUGGUAUAACCAAUAGUGUUGUAGUUACAGUUGGGCAACGUGCCGAUACUAUCAACUUUGCAUAUGGUGCACCUGUAAUAUUCGAUUUGAUUGUAUCUGAUACAAAUAGUGUAUCAAUCAUUGGAAAGAACUUUGGUACUGCGCAAUCAGGUAUCACAGUCAACCUUGGUGCCACCACUCAAUCAUUCAGUUUUGUCAAUAGUACAUUACUCUUAUUCACCGCUGACCCCUCAUCAACCAAGAGUGGACCAAUCACAGUUACACUGACUGAUGGUAGAGUUUCCAAUCCAGUUCAAUUACAUUUAACUCCAAUCAUUACAUCUGUCUCGAAACCUGUUAAAACAAAUGGUGAUCAGUUGACUAUAGUAGGUUCAUUUUUAAAUCCAACUAGAUUAGAUGGUUCAUCAACCAAUAUUACAAUAAUCAUUGAUCAACAACAACAACAACAAUGUACCAAUCCAGUUGCAUCGGGAUCAACGAUAGUUUGUACAUCACCUCAAGGAUCAGGUACCAAUCAUAAUAUUAGAGUUUAUAUUGAUGGAGUAGCAUCACCAACAUCUGUUCAGUUCUCUUAUAUUGCACCUUUAAUUAGUGGUAUCGUUCAACGUGCAAGUAGUAAUGAAAUAACUAUUUAUGGAACAAACUUUGGUGGUAGUGAUUUAACAAAGAUAUCAAUCAACAAUGAUAUUAAAUUAGAAUCAAUUGUCAAUCCAACAAUGAUGAAUGCAACACUGCAAAGUGCAUCAAAGAAUGGUAAUAUCCGAGUUGUAGUUGAUGGUCAAACAAGUAACAACUAUCUUUUAAACAUUAAACCAUUGGUCUCGUUUAUUUCAUCGGCUUCACCUUUUGGAGGUGUAGUUGAAAUAGUUGGUAAAUACCUUUGGACUGUUAGAUCAAAUGGUACAUUUACAGAGAUAACCAUUAAAAUUGGAGGGUUGGAUUGUUUGAACAUAUCAACUACAGUGGAUGAUGGAACGAGUAUUCAAUGUAGUAUUGGAGCUGCUAGUUUAUACCAACAAGCUGUAUUGGUAACAAUCGAUUCUAUUGUUGGUGAUAGUGGCUCGUUGGAAUACACAUCUUUGGAUCCAGUCAUCACAUCGAUUGAUUCAACUUAUUUCAAAGUACCUGGUCAAGUUGUAUUCCACGGUGAUCAUUUCUACGGACCGACUAUUGAUAUUCAAAUUGGAGAUACCCCAUGUACCAAUGGACAAAUAGUCGAUAGAAAUACAGUGACUUGUGACUUUGAUAGUUUAAUUGGAUCAAAUGCAAGUCAACCAUUGGAUGUAUAUGUGAAAUGUGGAAAUCUAGAUGUUACAGUUGAAGGAAUAUACAAAUACCGUGUAUUGGAAUGUCUCAACUCAUGUUCGUCACCAAACAAUGGACAAUGUUUGGUCAAUGGUCAAUGUAAAUGUGUUGGUGGGUACACUGGAUCCGAUUGCUCCAUCCCAUUCACAAAGUCAGUCACCAGUACACCAACAACUACAGUGUCUGGUGGUUCAUUUGUUGCAUACAAUAGUACCGUCGAAUUCCUAUUAUCCCAUAUUCAAGAAAUCAGAGAGAAUGGAACGGUUGUCAAGACCAUUUCAUUAAUUGAUGCUAAAUGGGAUAUAUUAGACGAAAACUCAAGUGCAUCUGUCAUCAUUUACAACAACACCGUUAUUGGUCAAUACAACAUUGAAUUGGUUGUUUCAUCGUUCAAUCAGUCAUCUGACCAUAUUAUACAAUUUGCAGGUGAUGAAAUUGCCGUUCCAUCCAACUCGAUUAAACAUAAUAUUAUAAUCAACAGUUAUACAUUUGAAUCAGAGACAUCAUCAUUAUUGGUAAUCUAUCGAUUCAAAUCACCAACACAACUAGAUUAUGAUUGCAAGACUAAAGAUACAACCUAUCAAUUUGAUACUUCAUCCUCUUCAACGUUGAUUAAAUCGUAUAGUAUCGAUUCACCUCUUGGAACAAUGAUAGCAUCAUUUAGUAAUCGUGCCAUUGUUGAUGAUACCAAUCAAAUUGUUACAUCGAUCCAAGCAGUUGCAUCAAUUGAUUCAACAACAAAAUCAUCGGCUGGCGUUCAAUAUGUUGGUAUUCGAGUACCAUCAUUUGAAAACUUUGUUGAAAUUGAUCCAGUAUUCUCUGCCACUUUAAAGACUACUCCUCCACCAAUUCAAGAAUGUACUGUAUCAUCUUCUUCAUCAACAAGUAUUCCUUCAAUAUUCUUCUCCUUCUUUUCAUUUAUUAUAUUUUUAAUUGUCUUUAAUUAA